CCUGUCUCAUAUUCCAAAAACAAAGUUGCAAAAAUUUCUACCUACUUUGCGAAUUGCGAUUUGCGAAGUGCGAACGGAACGCAACUCAGUGGUGGAUCAUGAGCAUCGUGCGUGGAUAUCUAAAAUAGAAUUGUGUAUUUUGUUAUAUAUUGUGACGUAAUAUCAACGCAGACUAACUUUACACACUAAAGCAAAACAUUACAGCAUUUGCACGAAACGUUUGUGUAGUGACAAAAAACACUGUAAUGUUUAAGUUCUUGUCCAAUUUUCUGAUCACUCAGGCCAGUUGUCAAGAGGUGGGGGGCUGGUUAUUUGAAACGGGCCGACACAGAUCGCCUGCUUGAAAUAUUUUUAAAAUAUGCAACAGUAGAUAAAAAUGGUGAAAAAUUCAUCACUAGUGAAGACUUCGUACGGAAAUUCCUUGGAUUGUUUGACGAAGAUGACUACAACAAAGAGUCUGUCCAGCUCAUCGCUGGAAUCGUGGAUAUGGACAAGGACGGGUACAUAUCGUUCUCCGAGUUCCAGGCAUUCGAGGGUCUGCUGUGUGUCCCGGAUGCCCUGUACAAGACCGCCUUCCAGCUGUUCGAUACCAACGGGAAUGGACUUGUCGCCUUUGAUGAGUUUGCGGAGGUCAUGCAAAAGACGGCGCUAUACAAGAAGUUGCCUUUCAACAUGGAAAGCACAUUUAUACGGCUAUACUUCGGCAAGGAUAAGAAACGGCUAGUGACUUAUCCGGAGUUCAGCCAGUUUCUUCAUGACUUCCACGAGGAAUACGGAGUGGAGGCUUUCAAGAAGUGUGACAAGAAUGGCACGGGGUUCAUUACUGUCGCUGACUUUAGGGACAUCAUGAUUACGGUGAAGAACCAUCUCCUCACUAAGGACCUGAAGAAUAAGGUUAUUAAUUCGUCCGGUUUCCCACAAGGGGAGAGGAAGAUAAGCUUCCCGUACUACAUGGCCUUCAACUCCCUCCUCAAUAACAUGGAACUCAUCAAGCGAGUAUACCUCAACGCCACCAACGGCCACCGCACUCAGGAGGUGACCAAGGAAGAGUUCCUGCACUCCGCACAGAUGAUGAGCCAGAUCACACCGCUGGAGGUGGACAUACUGUUCACUCUAUGUGAUAUGAUACAUCAGACUAAUGGUCGGAUAGUAUACAACGAUUUGAAUGCGAUCACCCCCGAGCAAUACUUCAAGCAAGUAACCCGACGAGUCGCCGAAAUCAAGGCAGUCUCGAGUCCAGAGGAGAGGAGCAUACUCAUACAAAUAUUGGAGAGCACCUACAGAUUCACACUGGGAUCUAUUGCUGGCGCCGUCGGCGCGUCAGCGGUGUACCCUAUCGACUUGGUGAAGACCAGAAUGCAGAAUCAAAGAACUGGCUCCUUUAUCGGGGAGGUGGCGUAUAGGAACUCCUGGGAUUGCUUCAAGAAGGUCAUAAGACACGAGGGUAUCUUCGGCCUGUACAGAGGUCUGGUGCCUCAACUCAUUGGAGUGGCCCCGGAGAAGGCUAUUAAAUUGACGAUGAACGACUUCGUUCGCGACAAGUUUAUGGACAAGAAAGGAAAUAUAAGCAUUUACGCUGAAGUGCUGGCUGGCGGUUGUGCCGGCGCUUCGCAAGUGGUGUUCACGAAUCCACUCGAAAUAGUCAAGAUCCGUCUUCAAGUGGCGGGUGAGAUUGCGGGAGGCAGCAAAGUCCGAGCGUGGACAGUCGUCAAAGACCUGGGACUCUUCGGCCUGUACAAGGGGGCGAAGGCCUGCCUGCUCCGAGAUGUGCCCUUCAGUGCUAUAUACUUCCCCGUGUAUGCGCAUACUAAGGCAAAAUUCGCGGACGAGAACGGCUACAACAGUCCGCUGACGCUGCUCGCUGCGGGCGCCAUCGCGGGCGUGCCCGCCGCCUCGCUCGUCACGCCCGCUGACGUCAUCAAGACGCGUCUACAGGUGGUAGCUAGAUCUGGACAGACAACGUAUAAUGGAGUAAUUGAUGCAACGAGAAAAAUAUACGCAGAGGAGGGCGCUAGAGCAUUCUGGAAGGGAGCCAUAGCCCGUGUGUUCCGCUCGUCGCCCCAGUUCGCCGUGACGCUCGUCACGUACGAGAUAUUGCAGCGUCUCUUCUUCGUCGACUUCGGAGGAUCUCGUCCAACGGGCUCCGAGCAGCACGUAACAUCAUCAGUGGAGGAGUCGACGCGGCGGCCGCACCACAUCGGCGGGUACCAAGUAGCCACGCCAGUACUCACCGGACUAGAGACCAAGUUCGGCAUAUCCCUCCCGCGCUUCUCUUACCGCCAGCAGUAGAUAUCGAUACCUACAAGUCGUGUUGUUAUCGAUAUUCCAUCGUUAUGUAGUUAUCGAUAUUCGGUAACAGAAUAUCGAACGUUAUCCAGCAGUUGUGUAGUUAUCGAUAUUCCAUCGUUAUGUAGAUAUCGAUAUUCCGUGGUUAUGUAGUUGAAUAUCGAUAGCCAGGAGUCGAUAUGUAGCUAUCGAUAUUCGGUAACAGAAUAUCGAACGUUAUCCACAAGUUGUGUAGUUAUCGAUAUUCGGUAACGAUGUGUAGAAUAUCGAUAGCCAGGCGUUGAUGUGUAGUUAUCGAUAUUCGGUAACAUCGAUCGAGGUGGAGACAUGGCGUAGAUAUUCUAUACAUAGUAGCAAUAAUUGUAACUAUGAACAGUGAUCGAGGAGAUUGUCCUUGAGAUAUUCUUAUAUCUACGGUGCUUUGUUUGCUGUACAAAAUACUGACGAAUCGAUCACCUUUUGAUAUUCGAUAUUUUACUUCAAUUCAAGUAUCGAUAACUACGUAUGUAAAUGCUUGUAACGCGGAGUAUUGAUAAUUUCUUACACCAAACAAAUCGAGUUUAGAUAGGUAUCGAGAUUCUGUUGCACAGUAGAUAGAUCGUGCUUGAUUUUAAUUCAAAUGCGGCAUACUGUGAUCAAUUUGCCAACAUCUAUUGAAAUAUUCAAAUACAUAGUUAUUCGAUUGUAAAUAUUGAUUUACAAGAAAGGAAUAGAAGUUAAGAUCUUGUGAGAAGAUAAAAGGAGAAUGGUAGAUCAAGCGAAUCUGAUGAAUCAAUUUUCUCAUAUUAGACAAAUUAUCACUGCCUUGGCGAGAGUGCAGUAAUUCUAAACGACUUUACUUUUAUCAAUGAAUAUCCUAUUUUUUGGUUACCUUUUUUGUCAAAAGUUUUUUCUGAGGUUUUCCAACAAUAUUUUAUUCUUCUUAAUAGAAAGAAGUUUUUCUAAAAAGAAAUAGCUUAAUUUGAAAUGAAAAUGUUGAUUUUACUUUUGUCUUAGAACAAACUGUUUACUUGCUAUUUAGGAUAAGACAUUGACAAAAGUAUAGCAAAUCAGGAGUCAUCGUAAACGUAUCAAUAAUACUAAAAUUAAAGUUAUCAAAAUUAACGUUUAAGAAAAAAACUCGUGUAUAAAGUUGUUUUGAUUUUGUUAAAAAUAUAGGUCGUUAACAGUGUGAUGUUAUACACGCGGUAUUUUUGAUAACUUAGAUCUUGUUGAGAAAGACUCGUUUUGCCACGAAAGUCAAACAAAAUUUUCAUGUUUUGGAAUCCAUAAGAUAUAUGCCAAUAAUUGAAAUCUUUUAAAAAAUGGCAACAAAAAACAUAGAAAAAUAUGCAAUGACUCUUUCUUAAUAAGGUCUUAAAUUGAUAUAAUUAUUAUUAUUAAUUAUUAAAUAUUAAUAAAUAGAUAGAAAUAAAUCAAAAAACAUUUCACACGUAUAGUCCAUUGCACCUCGCAGCAUUUUAUUUUUUAUCUCAAGCUUUUAUCUGAAAACAUUUAUAAUUUAUAUACAACCUUAAUAUGUUAUUAAUUUUAAAGGGUUUUUUUCUGUGUACAUUGUGAUGAUCGUGUAUUCAAAAAGUUAAUAAUUUCCUCGGAAGGCCUAACUAUUUGCGUACAAAUGGUAAAGUAAAAAGUUGUAGAAUUUUUCAAGUUCUUGCUUAUGCUUUUAAAUUAUUUUUUCGCAGAUGAUACAUAGAUUUGAGCAUUUUUGUGUGAAAUUUUCGCUUUUAGCAGCUCAAUACAGCACGAGGUUUUAAAAUACUUUAUUAUUAAAAUUCACUAUAAACGCUUUUAUUUAAGAUUUAAUUAAAUGCUCGAAUCUGUUACCGUCUUAAAUCGAAAUGGUCCUCUCGUCUCAUAUCAAGUUAGCUUUGGCAGAAACUGUGAAUUUACACUGUACAAACUUAGUGAAUUGUUGAAAUAUAAGCAGUAUACAAACGAGA